GAGCAUUUUCCCGCCUAUCCAUCACCGUCCUUCCUGGCUUUGAUGAUUGAACCACCGCAAACGUGAGCAUAGCAUAGAAAACACAAUGGCAGCCACACGGCACCCUUACAUCCCAGAGGACCUUGAGCUGCCCGGCUUCGUGCCAAAUGUGCUGUCCUAUGAGCUCAUCCUUUCGGUCUUCUUCGGAUGCUCGGCGCUAGUGGUCCUUUUCAUGUUCAUCCUGACAGGGCGUUACAAGCACUUAACAGCUGUCGAGCGGCUGUGGGCAGGAUGGUGGAUGUGCACGGGAAUCAUCCACUUUGUUAUUGAGGGCACUGUGGUGUCGAACAGCAAGUUCUACCAGGACGCUAGCGGCAACAUCCUAAACGAAAUUUGGAAGGAGUACACAAAGGCCGACUCCCGGUACGCCACACGCGAUGCCUUCAUCAUCCAGAUGGAGGGUAUCACGGCCUUUGUGUGGGGCCCCGCGUGCUUCCUCAUCGUGUUCGGUUUGCUGUACCGUACAUCCUGGCGCUUCAGUGCCAUGAUUCUUGUGUCCCUGGGGCAGCUGUACGGUGACGUCCUCUACUAUCUGACGUGCAUGCAUCUUGGCCUGGACAAGCACACCCGCCCUGAGCCCCUCUACUUCUGGGGAUACUUUGUGGGGGCUAACGCGAUCUGGAUUGUGGUGCCGGUCACCUGCAUUAUCUACUGCGCGAAAAACAUCAACGCUGCCGUUGCAGCCGCCGGGACCCUGAAGACCAAGAAGGCGGCGUAGGCGGGCAGGGCUUGAUUUUUAUCCCGGCCAAGUGGAUUACUUUUGUGACAAUGGAUUACGGUUAGGUACACAUCGACGUGCAGCGGCAAAAGCAACGACCCCAUUCGGACUGUAGGAGGCGUGUGGUGCCCCUCAUGGUGGCGUGCGGGACCACCUGACCGGCUGGAUCCACUGUAUUUGUUAGUGUAUUACAACGUGCGAUAGGCCUCCCCCCCAAACUGUAUGUACAUGCCGGGCAUGAGCCUCUUGGGAUCCAUGUUGAUGAUCUGACGUAUGAAGAGGACAGCAGUCUGCCGUGGGGUACUUCCGUACGAAUACUUCUAAUUAUGACAGUGAGCUAUGUUGGUGUCUACGUUUGAACCAUUAUUUCCUGUAUCAAUUUCAUGUAAUAACGCGAUCCUUGUCCACCUGAGCGCACUCCAUCGCUGUCUCCUCAUCGACCAUCUGACUGCAACUUGCUGUUAAACGCUCGUUUUCCACUUGUUGACUAGUGUCUAUUUAGGUAAACGGGCAGGUUCAUAUAACACUGCAUUUCAUGGCGGACGCGGAUUCUGCAGACGCGGCCGGACCAGGGCCAAGCAGCUUGGCUCAAAGCGAGCAAAAAGCAAGGCCAGCCCCUGAGGAGCUAGACCCGGAUGACUUGCUGAAGGAAUUCUUCUCAGACCUCAAGGAAGUUGACCGCGACAACGAGGUCAAUCGUAUCCUGUGGGCGUUCAAGUUGAAUCCCUUUGAAAAGCUUAACUUGAGGUUUGACGCCACGGCGGAAGACGUUAAGCGUCAGUACCGCAAGCUGUCGCUCAUGGUCCACCCUGACAAGUGCAAGCACCCGCAAGCAUCCAACGCUUUCGACAUCCUGGGAGACGCACAAAAGGAGCUGCUGGAUGACGAGAAGCGGGAAUACCUGCUCAAGUUCCUUGAAAUCGCAAGGGAGGAUGUCCGGACGGACCGCCGCAAGGAGACGAAGCACGACAACCUGGUGCGCGUGGCGAGCCUGCUGCAUGAGGAAGGGAGAGAGGGCAUUGAGGCGGAGUGGGAGAAGACGGACGAGUUCCACGAGCGCUGGAAGAUGAAGGCGCGGGACGUGCUGGCACGGAGCGAGUGGCGGAAACGGAAGCUCAACAAGCGGGUGAAGGAGGAGACGUUGCGGCUGGAGGAGAAGGAGAAGGAGGUCAAGGAGCGUGUCAAGGCCAAGAAGGAGCACGAGAAACAGUGGGAGACCACGCGCGAUCAGCGCGUCAGCACGUGGCAUGACUACCUCAAGGGCGGCGGCAACAAGAAGUCGACGGGCAUGGUGAAACCGCCCAAGCUGAAGACAAACGAUGAUGACAAGCUGUACGUGCAGCGGCCAGUGGGAGAGCAGCAUCGGCCCCCGCCCCCCAAGCCAGCCGGUCCCAAAAAGGAUUGAGCAAUGUAACGUUUGGAAGGAUGGAGAGAAAAAAAGUACCAUGAGUAAAGUAGCAGUGACUGCGGAAUGUCCACUACGUUAGUUCCGUUAGUGACAAUAUACAGUAAGCUGUUCGUUCAAGAGGACAUGGAAUUUUGCAUGCUGACUGGGAUGGUCAGGUGAUCCGAAGGUUGGUACGGCGUUAUAGAAUAUGCUGCUUGC